AUGCAGAAUGGCGUUGCAAUGCGUCCAUUUCAACUGGCAGCAUUGAAGUUUUCUGUCAAAGGGAAUCUACCUCGGAACAUCUAUAUUGAUGGAGUCCAGUGCUAUAUCGGCAAGCCUGAGUCCAAGCAGCACUUCAGACAAGCAAGACACUACGACGCCUACUGGUUGCUCGAGGAUCGAGUUGGCCUUGCCUUGGUUCUAUACCUUGGCAUCUUCCGCCCGCUCGAGUUCUCCCAAGCGACUGGAAGCACAGGCUCUAGCAUUCUUGACACCCUCGCCCGAAGGGAUGAAGCAACCAAGAUCGCACUCGAAAACCCAUUUGACGAUAACAUUCACAUUGACAGCCCGAAGAAUGCCGAGUGCAGGAGACGAAGACAACUGGCGCUGAGUGCAGCCUUGCAUGAGCUACUAGGGCUUCGGCAAUCGACUGCGAAUGCUCAAGGCCCAGAGCUAUACAAGGAUAGCGCGCUUCACCAUGCACGGCACCUCAUUCUUGAUCGAUAUGUGCUUUAUGGCAGCAGCCCCACCGCGAUUAAAUCCAGUGUCGCUUCACUCAUGAAUACGAAGCCUUUCUUAACCGGGGGACAAGGUCAACAACACAGCAGCCUUGGCGAUGACGUCCUGGUCGAAACCGCAGCGACCAUUAUCUAUGGUCCUAACCGCCCUUUGGCAAUGCAGCCCAUGCCCUUGGGUGGGUAUGCUGUGGAGGCUAUUGCCAUGGCAUUAUCUGUUAUAUGGUACGCUAUCAACGAAUGGCGCACUGGAACUCUAGAUUUGAAGGAGCCCACAAGGAAAUCACUCUUUCCCGUAUCUUCCGCCUUCCAGCAUGAUUGGCCUUUGCAACAGGCAAGCCCAGACCAGUCCGCCUUCAAAGUCAUUUCCGGCGAGCAGUACGAUAACCUGGGUGAAGACGACCGGGCCGACCUGUAUGCAGAGGGCCGCACCAUCGUGAUUUUGCAUAGCAAACCCAAAGCUCCGCUCUGGAAUCUGUCUGAUGCGAGGCAGAUGGCGGCCGUCAUAAACCCCAGCGAAGAGGUGACGAUGCAAGCCCCAGUGCGGCGUAUCAUCGAUGAAGCCAAAAAGCCUCUGGACCAGAGACGCAUUCUUAACGCAUUGUCCUUGUCUGGAAACGCUGUUCCCCAUGCCGCUGACCAUAGCUCGGAUACGGUUUCAUGGGUCGCCACCAAAGCUUCUAAAGGCGCCCUAAAUUCAUCGAAGUUCCCCGUAGAGGCCAUGAAUUGGUCUAUCGCAGCAACAGCGGGCGCCAGCCACGCGGUGCAUAUGGAUGCUGACGGAGCGAGCACCAGAAGGGAACAGCAGUGCCGGCUGCAGAACUAUCUUGACCUUGAUGUGUUCAACACCGUCGAUGACUCGGUAUGCGACGGCCAGCAUUUCUUCAAUGUCCGGACGCUUGUCGAGACGUUCUUGUCCAUGGUCUUGUGUCUGUGCUCCGGCGAAUACAUCACGAACGCGAGUCACUCAGAGUUCCUCAUGGUGUUACAUCGGAUGCUCCUUUUCCAGUACGGCUAUCACGUCGAAAAGGUUACUGUUCCAGAAUAUCAGGAGCAUGUGCUCAGCCCUUCACGCAAGACUGAUAUUGAAAAUCCCAUCGCUCUGCUUGUCAUUGGAAUGACCACCGAGGUUUUCCACCACAGAAGAGGGCAUGACCGUUCAGGAUCUCUUGUACACUUCUACAAUACGUGGCGCCGCUUGGAAGCUGGUUCAAGUCCUCAACGAUAG